AUGCAAACCUCUGGCCAGGUGGGCAGAGAGACGGGCAGAGAGGCGGGCAGAGAGGCGGGCAGAGAGGCGGCCAGAGAGGCGGGCAGAGAGGCGGGCAGAGAGGCGGGCAGAGAGGCAGGCGGAAGGCGGACAGAGAGGUGGGCAGAGAGGCGGGCAGAGAGGCGGCCAGAGAGGCGGCCAGAGAGGCGGGCAGAGAGGCGGCCAGAGAGGCGGGCAAGAGAGGCGGGCAGAGAGGCGGCCAGAGAGGCGGGCAGAGAGGCAGGCGGAAAGGCGGCCAGAGAGGCGGGCAGAGAGGCGGCCAGAGAGGCGGCCAAAGAGGCGGGCAGUGAGGCGGGCAGAGAGGCGGGCAGAGAGGCGGCCAGAGAGGCGGGCAGAGAGGCGGGCAGAGAGGCAGGCAGAGAGGCAGGCAGAGAGGCGGCCAGAGAGGCGGCCAGAGAGGGCAGAGGCAGGCAGAGGCAGGCAGAGAGGCAGAGGCCAGCUGGUCACCACCACCGGUCAGAGAUCAAUGGGGAUUAA